AUGGUCAGAAGCAGUCUCUUGCUGCCGCUCCUUGCGGCGGCAUCCGCCAUCCAGGCCAAGGUCCACUCCCCAAAGACCGUCGCCGGUGCCUUCAUCGUCGAGUUGGAGGACGGUCAGUUCCUGCGACAGGAUGCGUCCGACUUCUACGCCGAGGCCGACGCCGAGGCCACCACGCGCAUGAAGCUCGACUACUCUCUCUUCAAGGGCGCCUCCAUCCAGUUCAAGAACCUCGACACGGCCGACGCCAAGGCGGCCAAGCUCGCCGGCCUCCCCUCCGUCAAGAACAUCUGGCCCGUCCGCACCUACCGCAUCCCCGAGCCCGAGGUCGUCUGGACCGGCAAGCAGGGCCGUGACUACGUGGACCUGAAGAAGCGCCAGCUCGGCAACGACACCUUCUCGACCCACGUCCAGACCCAGGUCGACAAGCUGCACCGCGACGGCGUCACCGGCAAGGGCAUCAAGGUCGCCGUCAUCGACACGGGCAUCGACUACCUCCACCCGGCCCUCGGCGGCUGCUUCGGCCCGGACUGCCUCGUCAGCUACGGCACUGACUUCGUCGGCGAUGCCUACGACGGCUUCAACGAGCACUUCCCCGACCCGGACCCCAUGGACUGCGGCGGUCACGGCACCCACGUUGCCGGCAUCAUCGCCGCCCAGUCCAACCCCUUUGGGUUCCUCGGAACCGCCCCGGGCGUCACCCUGGGCGCCUACAAGGUUUUCGGCUGCGAUGGUCAGGUCAGCAACGAUAUCCUGAUCGCUGCCUACAACCGCGCGUACGAGGACGGCAGCAACAUCAUCACCGCCUCGAUCGGUGGCCCCUCGGGCUGGACCGACGAGCCUUGGGCCGCCACCGUCUCGAGGAUCGUCGAGGCCGGCGUCCCCUGCACCGUCUCGGCCGGUAACUCGGGCGACCAGGGCAUCUUCUUCGCCUCCACCGCCGCCAGCGGCAGGUACGUCACCGCCAUCGCCUCCUUCGACAACGCCAUCACCCCGGCCGUCCUCAUCGAGAACACCUUCACCAUCGACGGCGGCGCCCCCCGCAAGUUCUCCUACACCCCCGGCGAGCCCGACAACUGGGCCGGCGUCGAGCUCCCCCUCUGGACCCCGAGCACCGACUCCACCUCCACCGUCGCCCUCGGCUGCGACCCUUACCCGGCCGACACGCCCGACCUGAGCGGCAAGAUCGUCCUCGUCCGGAGAGGAACCUGCACCUUCGUCGCCAAGGCCCAGAACGCCGCUGCCGCCGGUGCCAAGUACCUCAUGCUCUACAACAACGCGCCCGGCGCCGGCUCCGUCACCGUCACCAGCGUUCCCGAGAUCCUCGCCAUCGGCAUGACCACGCCCUCCCAGGCCGCCGUCUGGCUCGAGGCCCUCGCUGCCGGCUCCGAGGUCGCCCUCCAGAUGACCGACCCCGCCGAGGCCGAGCAGAUCCUCACCGAGGCCCCCAACACCGCCACCGGCGGUUCCGUCUCCAGCUUCAGCUCCUGGGGCCCCAACUGGGACGCCCACCAGAAGCCCCAGUUCGGCGCCAUCGGAGGCAACGUCCUCUCCCUGUACCCCAGAGCCCUCGGCUCCUACGCCGUCCUCUCCGGAACCUCCAUGUCCUGCCCUCAGGCCGCCGGUAUCGUGGCUCUCAUCGCCGAGGUCCGCAAGACCCUGGACCCUGCCACCAUCGAGAACCUGCUCUCCGCCCACGCCAACCCUGUCAAGUUCAACUACGGCACCGGGCCCGACGAGCUCCUGGCCCCCGUCUCCCAGCAGGGCGCCGGCCUCGUCCAGGCCUACGACGCCGCGUACGCCACCACCCUCCUCAGCGUCUCCAGCCUCUCGUUCAACGACACGGACAACUUCAUCCCCGAGCUGAACUUCACCAUCAAGAACACGGGCUCGGCGGCCGUCUCGUACGACCUGAGCAACGUCGGCGCCGCCACCGCCUACACCUUCGCCGCCGCCGGUGACCUGUUCCCGGCCCCCUUUCCCAACGACCUGUCGGCCGAGUACGCCUCCGUCGCCCUGAGCGAGAGCAAGGUCUCCAUCCCCGCCGGCGGCGAGGCCACCAUCCUCGUGACCCCGACCCCUCCGGCCCUCGACGCCGGCCGCCUGCCCGUCUGGUCCGGCUACAUCGCCCUCAACGGCUCCGACGGCUCCAGCCUGUCCCUGCCGUACGUCGGCAUCGCCGGCAGCCUCCACAGCCACGUCACGCUCGACCAGGCCCUCAUGACCACCUCGACCAGCGCAAAGGACGAGGAGUACGAGCCCGUCCCCAGCAACCACACCUACAUCCUGCCGGCCCCGGGCACCGCCAACGAGACCAAGGCCGUCAUCCCGGCCCUCGCCAUCAACAUGGCCUUCGGCUCCCCCUUCGUCCGCGCCGACCUCGUGCCCCUGACCACCUGCCCCCCCAACUCCACCAAGGAGGUCUGGGGCAUCCAGACCGUCGGCCAGCCCCGGUCCUUCCCGUCCCUGUACGUCUCCCGCGGCGUCCUCUCCGUCAACUGGGACGGCCAGAUGGACGACGGCAGCUACGCGCCCGCCGGCAAGUACAAGUUCGCCAUCAAGUCCCUGCGCGUCUUCGGCGACGCGUCCAAGCUUGAGGAGUACGACACCACCGAGACGGAGCCUUUCCGGAUCGUCUACGGAGCUGCCAACGCGACGGCCCCUGCGAGACACUAA